AUGAAGGUAUCAAGAGAGACCCUCUCAAUCACUGCGACAGUGGCUAUUUACCCCGCUCGACUGGUCCAGCUCGGCAGCCUGGUCAUCACGGGCUACGCAGUAUGCUACCUCGUUUGGAUGCAUCACUUCCACUACUGUGCCUUCUAUGGCUGCGGAACAAGGGUCCCUGAUAGCGUCUCUGUACCGCUCGGUGAGGUUCUUUUGAUCACUGCUUCCGUCCUCGUCACGCUUGAGUGGAUGCUCUUUGGAACUAUCCUGGCGUUGAAAGCACACACAGGAAAGCCGGCUCUAGUCGAUACGUCGGCACAGUUUGCCUGUUCAUGUUUCUCGCUGUUCGUCUACUCGAUUGGCCUCGUUGCCUUCACAUCUAUCCCGACAGUCCGAGCAACAUGGCCAUAUUGCUACAACAUGUGGAGGAGCAACGUUUAUGACCCGCCCGAGAAAUACUUCUGCAUCGUGACGCAGAAUGCCGUAACAUGUGGACUGAUCGCAUGGAUCACUACCAUGAUUGUUUCUUUACUCAACUUGAUUCAGUUCAGAAAAGAUCGUGCUGUCGGGGCCAUUCGACUUGGUGAUGAUACGCGGUCGCCCACUGAUGCUGACGCCGUGUCGAUUCCAGAUGUGGCCAUCGAUCACUCAGCGUAG